AUGAAGCAAAUUGAAGCUAAAGCUGAAGCGGAAGAAGAUUCAGACUCGGCUGAUGAUUUUGAUGCCUAUCCAGACUUCAUCGACGGUCCUGACGCUGAUUCCGACGAAGAGGAAGACAGUGAUGACAAAUCUGAUGAUUCGGAUGAUGAGAAGGACAGUGAUGACGAAUCUGAUAAUUCGGACGAGUCUGGCGAGCCCAAGCGGACUGUUAGAGCCCCUGCCCGAUACAGGUCAGCUCAUGCUGAGGCUGGAUCAUCUGCGAACGUCCGUGUCGUCGUUGAUGCUAGAAGGAGGAGGAAUGAAAAGUCUGUGACCGUGGUUGAGGUUGAAGGCAGCAGCAACCGAGUUGGUGAAGACUCUGCAGAAUCUGUGGAGGUUGAAGACAGGGUUCACGAUCGUGAAUAUCCAACAUCUGGACUCUUGUUUGAAGCUCCUUUGAUCAAUACUUUCCUGGAUAAUGAGAUUCAUAAGGCGGCGGAGGCUGCUGAUGCGAUUUCUCUGACCACUGCUUUAUUGGAGGAGGAGAAGAUGUUCGCCUUGGAGUCGGCCCGGGUUGAGAAGGCGGUACGUGAGUUGAAGAUGAAAACCAAAAGUUUCCAGAAGAAGCUUGACAGGGUUGCUUACAGAGAUUACCCAUUGUUGGAUGGUUUUCUCUGA